GCGGCGCCCCUCCUACGCACCGGCCCUCAAGAGGGCAACGAGGAAGCGGCCGCCUCCCUGCGCCCCGCCCCUCGGGUUCACUCUCUGGCCCUUAGGUCUUCCCGGCUCCUCCCGGCCCUCUCCAGGUUCUCUCCGGCUCCGGCUCCGGCGCGGUGGCGGCGGGACUGUGCUCAAUCCACUGAACUAUCCCACCCAGGGCCCAGUUAGAUCCACUUUUGAAAAUCUUCACAAAAGGCAGUCGCAGUGGUGCAAAAUGGCCGACCUCAGCCUUGCAGACGCAUUGACAGAACCACCUCCAGAAAUUGAGGGAGAGAUUAAACGGGACUUUAUAGCCACCCUGGAGGCAGAGGCCUAUGAUGAUGUUGUGGGAGAAACUGUUGGAAAAACAGACUACAUUCCUCUCCUGGAUGUUGAUGAGAAAACCGGACAGCCAGAGUCGAAGAAGAAACCAUGCCCAGAUACUAGCCAGAUUGAAGGUACUCCAUCUCCUAAAGCAGCAGUGCUAGCCAAUGGGGACCACGGAAUAGAAGGGAAUGACACUACAGGGUCUCCAACUGAAUUCCUUGAAGGGGAAAUAGCCUACCAGGGAUAUCAGAACAACCAGAACUGGCCAGAAAACACAAACUUUUGCUUUGAACCCGAGCAAGCAGUGAAUCCUAUCCAGACCGACCCCUUUAAGAUGCACCGUGAUGACGACCUGGAAGACCUGCUCUCUUUCCCCAGCGCACCAGCCAAUGCUUCAGCCUUUGCACAGCAGCACGGUCCCCCGGAAGGCAGUUAUGGUCUGUUUCCCUGUGACACAUUUCCGCCUGCAGGGCUUAUCCCUCAGAUCUGUCCUAUGGGACCCCCAAACUCGCCCCAUGCUGGCGUCGUCCUUUCCCCAGAGGCCCCGCCACCUCUGCAGCCCACAGCAUGGCCAGCCGAGGAGGCAGAAAUGGCAUCAGCAGAAGAGAGGGCACCAGUAGAAGCAUUGGAAAUAAUGAUGGGACUGAAGCCUGGUGACAUGGCACCAUCUGGAGAAACAGAGGUGGCCCUGGCUAAGGACAUGGCCCCAAUCACAGAAAUAGAGGUGGCGUUGGCCAAAGACGUGGAACCACCUACCAAAGAAGAUGUGGCAUUCGCCAAGGACAUGGAAUCGUCCGUCAGGUCAGAUGUGUCCGUGGUCAAGGACGUGGCUCUCCGCACAGAAGCAGAGGAGACCCCAGCCAAGGAUGGAACACUAUUCAAAGAAACAGAGAGGGUGCCGCUUGUAGAACUGGACUUCACGCCAGCUGAGGGCAUGGGGCCACUCUCAGAAAUGGGGAUGACACUGGCUAAGGACGCUGUGUCAUCUGCAGAAAUGUCCUCGGCCAAGGAGUUGGCCUUGACCUCAGAAACAGAGGUGGCCCCGGUCAAGGACGUGACUCCAUCUCCCAAAACAGAGGUGGCCCCGGUCAAGGAUAUGACUCCAUCCCCCAAAAUAGAGGUGGCCCCGGUCAAGGACGUGACUCCAUCCCCAGAAACAGAGGUGGCCCCGGUCAAGGACGUGACUCCAUCCCCAGAAACAGAGGCGGCCCCGGUCAAGGACGUGACUCCAUCCCCAGAAACAGAGGCGGCCCCGGUCAAGGACGUGACUCCAUCCCCAGAAACAGAGGUGGCCCCAGUCCAGGACAUGGCUUCACCCCCCAAAACAGAGAUGACCUUGGCUAAGGAUGUUGUACCACCCUCAGAAACAGAGGUGCCACCAGCUCCAGUUAAGGACACGGAAGUUGUCCGGCCACAGGGAGAAAUACGCGAGGUUUCCCAGCUGGAACCUCUCCAGAAUGAAGGGCGCUCGAGUGCACCUGCUUCCACGAUUUCACCAGAACCAGUCACAGCCAGCGGCCAAAAGUUCAACUUGCCAACAGAUGAGGCGUCUGUGUCGGAGAAACUAGAGCAAAAGAAACCACUCGGUAGUCAGCCUUCUGAGCUUCCUUCGGAGACGUCAGGUACCCUCCCCACACAAGCCAAACCAGUGUGCAGGCCCGGUGAGCGCAGGGCCGCCCGGCCCCGGCCCGCCAGGGGCCCUCCUGAGCUGCUGGGAGGCUCUUCGCGGAAGACUCUCGACCCGGCUCUGGGCCCCUGCUCUGUGCUGGAGUCAGGCUGGGUCUCCGGCUCCUCUUCCUGUGGCGAGCCUGGGAACCCAAGGAGACCUUUUCAUGUUGACUUCCUUGAACCCCAGAGGGAUCUGGGCAGGGAGGCCUGGGAUGUAGAAAGCACAGCAAUGAUGAUGAAGAAGAAAAAGAAGAAACCAAAGCAAAAGAGAUACUCUCCAGCCCGGGCUGGGGGGCCUUGGGACGACGAGAAUGCAAAGGAGCCCACAGGCCAUCCCUGGGCAGCCGACUCCCAGAAAUCGGGUGUUGUCCCCGGCCAGCCCACCGCUGCGCGCGCAGAGUGUGGACCGGCACCCAGAGGGACCCUGAAAAGGGGGUGUGAAACUGACUCCAGAACAGCCAGACCGGCAGCUGAGAACCCUGUCUCAGAAGGCCUCAGUGUUCCUUUGUGUCCUUUGAAAGAACCCCCGAAAGCCACAGUAGAUUCUCCGCUGAGUGUAGAGGCAGAAGUCAAGGGUCACAAGUCAGGGCCACAGAGCCAGGACACGAAAUCUCUGCCACCAGGUGCAUGCAAAUCACAGACUGCUCCCCACCUGGAGGCUCCCAGGGAUAGAGGCCAGACAGUAGGCUCUGUGAAACUGGAAGGGCCCCAGACAGAAGUUUCUGCACCCAAAGUAGAAAUUCCUUUGGAGAUCAGACCCCAAGAGGGUUGCUUCCCUGUCUUGGACCAAGAGGCUAUGGGGAGAGUUCUAAAACCCACAGCAGCCAGAGAACUGCCCAACGUGAAACCCACUUUGUCAGCCAGUCACCCAUUAGACAGUAGUCCGAAAGAAGGGAAUGGUGAGAGGGAGAUGACUAAGCUGCAGGUCGACGAGCACAAAGAGUUCUCUGAGGGAGCGAGAGACGUUCAAGAACUGAGCAAGGGAGCUUUUCCCAAACAAAGACAAGAGAUGAGCGUCUUAGCUUCUGAGCAGCCACAGGACAAGGUUCAGGUUCCUGAGCCAGGGAGUGAACCAUUUAAGAAAACGGCAGGUGAUGGCAAAAGCAGGAAGGGAAAGGGAAGUUCUGGGAAAGUGAGAGCUAGUUCCGGGAAGGCGAGAGCAAGAGCUGAGCUGCCGGUCCUUCCAGACAGCCCGGGGGACGGCACAGGUGUCCUGGGGCCGGGCGAGCCAGCCCCUAAACCGGAAAGAGUGACUGCCGGGGCUCCGAGUGCGGGGCUGGGGCUGGGUUCUUCCAGGCAGCUGGGGACCGCAGCUGAUCUCCCCGAGGCAGGGGUCGUGCGGGAGCCUAAGGAGACAGCUGGCCCUAGUGUGGCAAGCACCCUGCAGGCACUGAUUCCUUUGGGAACUGGGUCAGGCGUGACUCAGACUUCCGGUGCCACAACAGAAAGAGCAGCCGUGGACAUAGAUCUGGGUGUCAGCAACCAGGGCAAGGAAGGAAAGUGUCCUUGGGUGGAUCGUGAGGCAGCUCCCUGGAGUUCUGAAAAGCCUAAAAAAAGAAGCAGUGAAGGCAAAAACAAAAAGUUUAAAAAUAAUUACUCCACACAGCCUGCUGGGGUGGAGAGCAAAGAGGGAGUCCUCAGCCCGCCUUUCGCAGGGAAGGACGGAGGUGCUGGGGGCACUCCCCACCCAAACAGGGAUUUGGGGCUCGCUUUCCCCCUGAGUCACGAGCCCUUGUGCUCACAGACUUCGAAGGCCCCCACCGUGGAGGUGACUGACCGAAAGGGUAGCAAUGUUGAGGUUAAUUCUUUUGAGCUUGGGGCUGCUGGUGGGAACAAGGCAGACACAGUCAAGGAUCCUGCUGUUAGCGAAGCGGCCACCAAGGUGACAGACGGGAGCCGCCAAGACCAAGCCCAGGGGGCAGGACCUGUUCCUUCAGUGCUGCCGGGGGAACGGAAGACAGAUGCAGCCGUGGGGCAUGCUGCGGUGGCUGACAGACCCACUAAGAGGAGUAAUGAUGGAAAAAGUAAAAAGGCUAAAAAUAGUUUUCCUGAGAAGCACAUUUUGGAGAAUAAGGCAGAUGCGACAAAAAGACAUGUUCCCAUGGAAGCCAUGGGGGACCUCAGAGUAGAAGGAAUGGGCUAUGUGGAUGAAAAUAGAAACAUUGCAUUUACCUGCCCCAGAACACCACCCGAGGUGAUGACUAUUCAGCCAACCCCUCUAAAGGCUCUGGAUUCGGCAGCCUGUGAAAAGCUGCCUACGCCCACUCCUCAAUUAGUAAAGGAAGCUGAUUCCUUCCCAGACACCUUGGCAGAAAGUAGGCAAGAGACAGCUCUGGCCCAGAUUUCCAAAUCAUCAGUGGUAGAUAGUUGCAGCAAAGAUGGAGUCCCAGAUCAAGGGAGAUCCAAGGCUCCCUCUGCUGCUAUGCCCUUUGCAAACACAGGGGGAGGUGCCCUGGCUUUUACAGCGGCCCCAGAAACAGUGAAGAGUCCUGGAGAUAACCAUGUAAAGAGCAGAGGUGAGCUUGCUGACCCCACGAAAAAUAAAGCAGGGGCAGAUGGAGGGCCUGUGGCCGGAGAGUCUGCGUCCGUGCCCAGCGGUGCAGCUAAGCGUGCCGUAGAGAAAAUCACAGAAGUAGCAAAGGAGCGCCCUUCUGGAGCGCCCGCAGAAGACCAGAGCCUGCCAGGUGAGCUCAGAGGCCUGGAGGUGUGUGCAGACAGGAGUGAUUUCCCAGCAUACCCAGUAAGCAAAAAGAAAGAGUCUGAGGCGGGUUCUGCUUCAGCGGAUGUUCCGGGCGCACUGGGAGGUAAACCACAAAAGCCCCAUGUGUGUGAGGACCAGCGUGCUGAAGGCGGAGAGUCUAGGGGCCCAGCUAGUCUGGAUACGGAGGUGGGUAGGACUCUUUCGCCUCCAAAAAGUGAAAAGGAUAAAUUGGAAGGAGUUAGCCUGGCCUCUAAAGCCCCAGAAGGAGAAGCUGUUUCCUCGCCAGCACCACAACUCCAGGCGGGGUCCUCAGAGGGCCCAGCGGGCGCGACCCCCUCGAAGGGGGUAGAUGACUUGGUAGUGACUGCUUCCAAGGGUCUUCAGCUCCCAGGACCCGACGGUAAGAUCUUGGAGGCACCUGAGCAAAUGACAGAGAAACCUGAACCAAAGGCCCUGGAGGAAGGGAAGAGGGCAGAAAAAAGAGCGGCGGAACCCAUGAAAGGCUACAUGAGGCCCACCAAGUCCCGGGGACUUCCUCCGCCUCUGCCGAAGCCCGCGGCGCAGGACCGAGAGAGGGCCAGGCCAGCCAAGUCCGGCGGAGUAUCCAAGCCAGAAGAAGGGCAGCCGACCGUGAGUGUGACCGGAAAUGACAUCACCGCCCCUCCAAACAAGGAGCUCCCACCAAGCCCAGAGAAGAAAACAAAGGUAGUUGCCAGAAUGCCUUUGGCCACAACUCAGCCUGCAAAGACUUCAACAUCGAAAGCCAAAACCCAGCCCACUCCUGUCCCUAAGCAGCCAGCCCCCACCACCCUCGGUGGGCCGACUAAAAAACCCAUGAGCCUGGCUGCAGGCUCAGUGCCGGCCGCCCCGCCCAAACGCCCUGCCGCCGCCACUGCCAGGCCCUCCAUCUCUCCUUCAAAAGACGCGAAGCCCAAGCCUGCAGCGGAGGCAAAGAUUCCCGAGAAGAAGGCCACGCCAUCCAAGCCGGCCACGCCAUCCAAGCCGACCUCUGCCCCGGCCGCCAGGCCUGGCUUCAAGAGCACCCAGACUGCUCCAAAAGCCCCAGCAGCUGCCUCUGUUACCCCAACGGGGCCCAGCAGUAGAGGCUCUCCCAUGCCCCUACCCAAGAAGCCAGCUGGCAUCAAGACUGAGGGAAAGCCUGCAGACAUCAAGAAGACAGUUACGAAGUCUGCACCAGCUGACGUGAGCCGCCCGAAGACCACCUCCGGCAGCACGGUGAAGAAAACCACCGCUGCCCCUGGGGCAACUUCCCCAGCAGGCGUGGCCCCCAGUCGAGUCAAGUCCACACCCGCGCCCCCCCGGCCCGCCGGGACUCUUGCUGCAGACAAGAAGCCCACGUCAGUCAGGCCCAGCUCCUCCGCCCCCAGGCUGAGCCGCCCGGCGACCAACGCCUCUGCCCCUGACCUGAGGAAUGUUCGCGCCAAGGUCGGCUCCACGGAAAACAUCAAGCAUCAGCCUGGAGGAGGCCGGGCCAAAGUAGAGGAAAAAACAGAGGCGGCCGCCGCAGCCCGAAAACCCGAACCUAACGCGGGCACUAAAACCGCCGGCCCAGGUGCGAGUGCCCAGAGACCGCCUGCCGGGAAAGUCCAGAUAGUCUCCAAAAAGCUGAACUACAGCCACGUUCAGUCCAAGUGCGGCUCCAAGGACAAUAUUAAGCAUGUCCCUGGAGGUGGCAAUGUUCAGAUUCAGAACAAGAAGGUAGACAUCUCCAAGGUCUCCUCCAAGUGCGGGUCCAAGGCCAACAUCAAGCACAAGCCUGGUGGAGGAGACGUCAAGAUCGAAAGUCAGAAGCUGAACUUCAAGGAGAAGGCCCAGGCGAAGGUGGGAUCCCUGGAUAACGUGGGCCACCUGCCCGCGGGAGGUGCCGUGAAGACUGAGGGCGGUGGCAGCGAGGCCCCUCCGUGCCCGGGCCCCCCCGCUGGGGAGGAGCCGGCCAUCCCCGAGGCAGUGCCCGAAGCUGGCGCCCCCACAUCAGCCAGUGGCCUCAAUGGCCACACCACCCUGGCAGGGGGUGGUGACCAAAGGGAGGCCCAGACCUUGGACUGCCAGAUCCAGGAGACAAGUAAGUGGCUGGGCUUGGCCUAGGGGCCGGCCAGGGUCCCUGCCACUGGCUGCAAAUCGAAACUCCUUUGUUUUUUGACUGGAGCGUGGCCUACAUUUUAACGAAGCAACCUUC